UUGCUUCGGCUUGUUCAGGUUGUGGUGCAAUCACGGACAAAUGAAAAGUUUGAUUUGGAAUGUACUUUACCCUCAAGCAGCCCGGAUUGGUUUAAUCUUCGAAUUGAUGAACUCGGUGAAGUUUCCGCGCAGGUGAAGCGGAGCAUUAGCAGUUUCCCACCCAUAUCCAAAGCCAUAUCUAUUGAUUUUAUGCUGUAUACAUGUGAUGGUGAAGUUUUACCGAUGGAGACUUGGACGUUCUCUGUCGACGAAGAAGAUCAGCUAAUGACAUGGGCUAAUGAUAUAAAGUCGCAGCUCUAUUUACAGUUAAGUGUUAUGUUGAGAAGCGCAAUGGUAGCAGCAAGAAUGACGCCAUUGCAUAGGUAUUAUGUGAAAAAACAGAGCUGUGAUACGUUUGUGAUACUCUAUAAAUUGGGAGAAGGUGCAUCAGAGUUAGAUCUUGGAUCUGAAGCAAAACGAAUUGAUCUCGGCCGAUUUCCUACGCCUGUUGGGGCUUUCACAUUGGAAGUCGCCUAUCGAACGCAAAUGGCAAAGGAACGUGUUUUGUCACCUCCCGAAGAGCAUGAAUCGCCAAAUCAGAUGAGUAUAUUGAUGGCGACUACCCCUGAUGCUGGACCAGUAGCGGGUUCACCGACGCCAUCAUCUUAUUGUGAACUUAUGAGCGAAUUCAGCACGAGCCCGUCAAGUUUGGUAUGA